GCCAUCUAACCUCACCCAAAAACGACUUGACAAAUAUCCAUGUCUGAAAGCCUUUUAAGUUCUAUUCAUGCUUCCAGUCAGUUAAGACAUGUUAGAGAUAAUCUAAAUACAAAAAAAUGUACGAGCGAAGGUGAUUUCGUCUCAUCGUUGGAUAUAAAUCAAGAAUCACAAACCUUUCUUAAACCUGCAAAGUCGUUCUCUCAUGAAUGGGUAAAAAAAUUGCAAAAACAAUGGGAAAAAGAGGUAGACCAUAAUGUUCUUUUCAAUUUCCCCAAAAGCUUGUCGCGCACUAACUUGCAAUUUCGAAGGCAAGGAUUAGAAGGUCAUAUCAUAGAUUACAAAGAAGUUUCUGAAGACAUUGCUGAUCUAAAUUCGAAAAAUUCAUCAAGCUUUUUGAGGAAACCUGCUUCCAAAAGUGAAUUUGUUCGAGGCAGUACCAAUAAUAUACCCUUCUUGACGGAUGAUCCUGAUGAUCCCCAGAAAACAGCUGCCCCUAAGCCAGUACAAAUGGCGUUGAAGGGAGAGGAUGGUUUGUAUCAAGUUCCUCCUGGGUUUUCUAGAGGCUUAGUUAUGAACAAAUCCGUCGAGGGAAACAACUUGAAUGAUGAAUUUAAUCCUGAUACAUGGGAGACAAAAAUGGUGCGCCCUUCUACCCGCCAAUUUACUACACUUAAUGAAUUAAAUGAGCAUCUGAAGAGCAUUAACUCAAAACACACUGAGAUUGAUGACUUACUUCCCGACAAAAGCACCAUCGUUGCCCUUCCUUCCUCAAGUGGCACUGUCUCCAAACGAAAAGAAUAUGCUCAUGUUGUAGAUAGCCGAGCUACUAUAAAUAACUUCCAUCAGUUGGUACCUGAAAUGGCCCUUAGCUUCCCCUUUGAGCUCGAUAGCUUUCAGAAAGAAGCUGUUUAUCAUCUGGAAAUGGGUGAUUCCGUAUUUGUGGCUGCCCACACUAGUGCAGGAAAAACCGUUGUGGCAGAAUACGCUAUUGCGCUUGCCCAGAAGCACAUGACCAAGGCUAUUUACACUUCGCCCAUUAAAGCACUCUCAAAUCAAAAGUUUAGAGACUUUAAGGAAAAAUUUGAAGAUGUAGGUAUCCUUACUGGUGAUGUACAAGUUAAUCCAGAGGCAUCAUGUCUGAUUAUGACUACAGAAAUUUUACGAAGCAUGUUAUAUCGUGGUGCUGAUUUGAUUCGCGAUGUAGAAUUUGUUAUUUUCGAUGAAGUACAUUACGUUAAUGAUCUGGAAAGAGGUGUUGUUUGGGAAGAAGUAAUUAUCAUGCUCCCUCCUCAUAUAACUGUAAUCCUUCUCUCUGCUACAGUGCCAAACACAAAGGAAUUUGCUUCAUGGGUUGGACGUACUAAGAAGAAAAAUAUAUACGUUAUAUCUACUUCUAAGCGACCUGUUCCUCUUGAACAUUAUUUAUGGGUUAAAAAUAACGUCUAUAAGGUAGUGGAUCAACAUGGCAGGUUCCUAAUGGACGGAUACAAAGCUGCGAAUGAUACGCUUAAGAAGCCUGAUAAAAUAUUACCACCGUCCAACAACAACAAUGCUAGAGGUCGUGGUGGAGCACCUCGUGGUCGGGGAUCUCAAGUUAAUUUGAUGCGUGGAAGAGGUAAUGCCAAGUCUGCUGAACGCCGAGAUGCAAAUACUUGGGUACAUUUAGCUGGGCACCUUCAGAAAAACAAACUAUUACCAGUAAUUAUCUUUGUCUUUUCAAAAAAACGUUGUGAGGAAUACGUUGACACUUUGUCGAACAGGGAUUUGAAUAACCAUCAAGAAAAAAGUGAAGUUCAUAUAGUCAUUGAAAAGGCCGUAGCUCGCCUGAAGAAGGAAGACAGAACACUUCCUCAGAUCGGUCGUAUGCGUGAAAUGCUUUCUAGGGGUCUAGCGGUACAUCAUGGCGGAUUACUACCUAUAGUCAAAGAGAUAGUUGAGCUUUUGUUUCAACGAGGCCUUGUCAAAAUCCUUUUUGCAACUGAAACAUUUGCGAUGGGUGUUAAUAUGCCUGCUCGAUCUGUUGUGUUCUCCGGUAUCCAGAAACAUGAUGGACGAAGUUUCCGUGAGCUUUUACCUGGUGAAUAUACUCAAUGUUCAGGUCGAGCUGGAAGACGUGGUUUAGAUGUUACAGGGACAGUAAUUAUUUUAUCUCGAGCUGAUCUUCCAGAUACAGCCAGUUUACGACACAUGAUUCUCGGUCCUUCGACAAAAUUGAUCAGUCAGUUCAGACUAACAUAUAAUAUGAUCCUCAAUUUGCUUCGUGUUGAAACAUUGAGAAUCGAAGACAUGAUUAAACGAAGUUUUAGUGAAAAUGCAAAUCAGACACUGAUGCCGCAACAUGAAGCUGAAAUCAAGUCAAAUGAAGAGCAGCUUUCUUUACUUAAGAAAGAGCUCAAUGAAAUAGAUAUACAACAGAUGAAGGAAUGCAUAGUUUACAGUGAAGACUAUAAAGCAUACUCUAGGAAAUUGCAUUUGAAAGCUAUCUCCGCAGCUACAGGAAGACGCGUCUUUCGUGAUGGAAGAUUAAUUGUCUAUCAGCAACCUGAUAGUACUCGUAGCAUCGGCGUGCUAUUAGGAACAGCAAUGCGUACUACUUCUGCAGAUUGUACAUUAGAAGUUGCUUACCUGACACCUCAGAAUGCUAUGAAGCGCCCUUCAGAUUUACUGGCUUUCACAGAACCUUUCUUGGAUAUAUUAGAUGCUUCACUCUUUACUGAAAAUAAUCAGUUCAAAUUUGGACUUGUUAGUCUUUCAAGCGUUGAGCGUGUAUGUAAAACCAUUUUACGUAUUGAUUGUGGAGGUAUACGUGACCGUCGAGGGGGUGCUUUUAGAAGGUUGAGCGAUCAAUUUGCUUCAGUUAAGGGAUUUAAUGACAAUGUUUUUGAUGAAGCGGAUUGGAGCAAAGUGAAAGAUUUUGAUUUCCAUGAGGCUCAAGAGAAGCGAACAUAUGUGGGACAAAAACUUAUGUUUUACGAACCAUUACUACAAGAUAAUUUUGUUACCCAAUAUGCACUAUGCUUUCAAGAAUAUGACUUAGAAAAUAAUAUCAGAAACUUGCGGGAUUUUAUCUCUGAUCAAAACCUUGAGCUUCUUCCUGAUUAUGAACAGAGAAUUCGGGUACUUCAAGAGCUUCAAUACAUUGAUGAAAAUAAAACCGUUUUAUUAAAGGGUCGUGUUGCGUGUGAGAUAAACUCAACUAGCGAACUGGUGUUAACAGAACUGAUUUUGGAAAAUAGUUUGGGUGAGUUUUCUUGUGAGGAGACUAUAGCCUUGCUUUCUGCUUUUGUUUUUGAUGAGAAGACGGAAGUUGAACCCAAUAUUUCUUCCCAUCUACAAAAAGGAAAAGAGAUGAUUCUUCAGGUUGCUGAGCGAGUUAAUCGCAUCCAGGAAAAGCAUCAAGUGUUAUACUUUAAUGAGGGAAAUGAUUUUGAAUCUCAACCACGCUUUGGCUUGAUGGAAGUUUGUUAUGAAUGGGCAAGAGGUAUGUCGUUUAAUCGAAUCACCGAUUUGACAGAUAUUUUGGAAGGUUCCAUUGUUCGUACAAUCAUUCGGUUGGAUGAAGUUCUUCGAGAAUGUCGAGGUGCAGCUCGUGUUGUAGGUGAUGCUUCAAUGUAUUCUAAAAUGGAAGAAUGUCAAAACCUCAUCCGCCGUAAUAUUGUCUUUUGCCCCUCCUUGUAUAUGUAAAUUUUUGCUCCAUAGCUAUUUCAAGAAUAUGAUCUAAGUUUUAUGAAGA